AUGGAAAGGCGCAGAAGAAGACGCAGAACUGGAGGUUUAGCGACAAGCAAUUGCAACGAAGAACAAACAACCUCUGGUGUUGGUGUUGGUGUUGGUGUUCAUCUUCCUUCGCCCAUUAUUGUCGAUAUUCUUUCAAGGCUUCCAACCAGUAGCCUCUUGAAGUGCAAGUGCAUUUGUAAAAACUGGCAAUACUUAAUUAUGCAUUACCUUUAUUUUCGUAAGAUUCGUCUCGCGAGGGCGGACAUUUUAGAUGAUAUUGUGAUACAGGUUAACGGUUCUCGUUCUCGAAAACUAUUCUAUUUGUUGGAGCUCGGAGAAGACUCUAAUUAUGUUCAUCGAACUCACUGGCCAAUGAGGUUCAAAAUCAAAUCUAAUAAAAAAUUGAUGGAUUCUUGUAAUGGUUUGUUUUGUUUAUGGGAUGACGAUAGAGACACUGUUCAUAUAAGCAAUCCCAUUUUAGGAGAAUUUGUUGCCCUUCCCAAACCCAAAACUCUUGAAAUUCAAAGAUAG